ACGGCCGCGAGGCUGGCGCGCACUGUUGGCUGAGCCGGUUCCACAGCUUCAGGCUGUCUCUAUACUCAUCGGCGCGAUGACUGUGAAAACCGAGGCUGCCCGAAGCACCCUCACCUACUCCAGAAUGAGGGGAAUGGUAGCGAUUCUCAUCGCUUUCAUGAAACAGAGAAGGAUGGGCCUGAACGACUUUAUUCAGAAGAUUGCCAACAACUCCUAUGCAUGCAAACACCCUGAAGUUCAGUCCAUUUUGAAAAUCUCCCAACCUCAGGAGCCCGAGCUUAUGAACGCCAACCCCUCUCCUCCGCCAAGUCCUUCUCAACAAAUCAACCUUGGUCCGUCCUCCAACCCUCACGCUAAACCAUCUGACUUUCAUUUUUUGAAAGUGAUUGGGAAGGGCAGCUUUGGAAAGGUUCUUCUAGCAAGACACAAGGCAGAAGAAGCUUUCUAUGCAGUCAAAGUUUUACAGAAGAAAGCAAUUCUGAAAAAGAAAGAGGAGAAGCAUAUUAUGUCAGAGCGGAAUGUUCUACUGAAGAAUGUUAAGCACCCUUUCCUGGUGGGCCUCCACUUCUCUUUCCAGACUGCCGACAAACUGUACUUUGUCCUGGACUACAUUAAUGGUGGAGAGCUGUUCUACCAUCUCCAGAGGGAACGCUGCUUCCUCGAACCACGGGCUCGCUUCUAUACCGCUGAAAUAGCAAGUGCCUUGGGCUAUCUGCACUCCCUGAACAUCGUUUAUAGAGACUUAAAACCAGAGAAUAUUCUCCUGGACUCCCAGGGACACAUUGUCCUCACUGACUUUGGGCUCUGCAAGGAGAACAUUGAACACAAUGGUACAACAUCCACCUUCUGUGGUACGCCUGAGUAUCUUGCUCCUGAGGUGCUCCAUAAGCAGCCGUAUGACAGGACAGUGGAUUGGUGGUGCCUCGGGGCGGUCUUGUACGAGAUGCUCUAUGGCCUGCCUCCGUUUUAUAGCCGGAACACAGCUGAGAUGUACGACAACAUUCUGAACAAGCCCCUCCAGUUGAAACCAAACAUUACGAAUUCAGCAAGGCACCUCCUGGAGGGCCUCCUGCAGAAGGACCGGACAAAGAGGCUGGGUGCCAAGGAAGACUUUAUGGAGAUUAAGAAUCAUAUUUUCUUCUCCCUAAUUAACUGGGACGAUCUCAUUAAUAAGAAGAUUACACCCCCAUUUAACCCAAAUGUGAGCGGACCCAGUGACCUUCGGCACUUUGACCCCGAGUUUACUGAGGAGCCAGUUCCCAACUCCAUCGGCAGGUCCCCAGACAGCAUUCUCAUCACGGCCAGCGUCAAGGAAGCCGCCGAAGCCUUCCUGGGCUUCUCCUACGCCCCUCCCAUGGACUCUUUCCUCUGAACACUCUUGGGAUGGUUCUGAAGGAUCCCCUGCGUGUUUUCUAAGUGUUUCAGUUAGCCUUUGGAGUCGCCAGCUGACAUCUUAAAAGAGAAUUUGCACACCCGGAGGCUAGGCAGUCCCGCCGCAGCCGCCGCCGCACACUGCUCGAGGGAAGCUUUUCGAAGAGCACAUCCUUCUUCUCCUCCUCCUCCUCUUCCUCUCAGUGAGCUCGUGAGGCUUUCAUUUCUACUCUUCCUUCCACCGUGGUGCUAGCUCCCCGCGAGCGUCGGAGCGCCGACUUGGUUAGACAGACACCUUGGUCUCGUUAGAAGGAAGAUGCAGGUCUGAGAGGGAUCUCCCCGCAGGUCUGUCUGAGCUGUGACCACGAAUAUUCUGCAAUGUGCCUUUUCUGAGAUCUUGUUAGCUCCAAAGCUUUUCCUAUCGCAGAGUGUUCAGUUUUUUGUUUUGUUUUUGAUCUUGUGUAUUUCCUGCGUGAACAGUGGUGUGAGUGUGCCAUGCCUGACCGCAGACGAUUUUGUCAUAAGCAUCAAUGUGACACUUGCAGGACACUACAAUGUGGGACAUUGUUUGUUUCUUCCAUAUUUGGAAGAUAAAUUUAUGUGUAGACUGUUUUUUUUUUUUGUAAGAUAUAGUUAAUAACUAAAAUCUAUUGAAACGGUCUUGCAAUGACGUGCAUCCAGAUGCUUAACGGAAGCAUUGCUGCUACAAAUAUUUCUAUUUUUAGAAAGGGUUUUUAUGGACCAAUGCCCCAGUUGUCAGUCAAAGCCGUUGGUGUUUUCAUUGUUUCAAAUGUCACCUGUAGGAUGGGCAUUAUUUAUGUUUUUUUUUUUUUGCAUUCCUGAUUAUUGUAUGUAUCUUGUAAAGAAAGUCUGUACAUUGGGUUAUAACACUAGUAUAUUUAAACUUACAGACUUAUUUGUAAACCAUCAUUUUAAUGUACUGUAAUUAACAUGGUUAUAAUAUGUACAAUUUCUCCUCCCUACCACACAACUUUUUUUGUGUGCAAUAAACCAAUUUCGGUUUGCAAUAAAAUCUUGAAAAAUAUUUGCAUAAA